AUGAGACGCCUUCUCAACCUGCUCAGACAGUCUCAGUCCUUCUGCACAGACACAGAGUGUCCUCAGGAAUUACCAGGACCCGGCAGGUUUACUGGCCAGAAUGACUUCACUUUACAGAUGGUCCUCAUUGGAUGGGUAGCUCUGGCACUGCUGCUGUUCUUGUUACGUCCAGCAAGUCUCAGAGGUUCUCCAGCUACAGACAAACCCAGUGGACCUUUUAAUAAUGGACGCCAAGAACCUCCUGCGCCUCCAGUUGACUAG